GAAUGGUAGAAGUUUGAUAUGGGCUGACGGAAUCCCGAAUUUAGUGAGACAGCAUUUAAGUUGAUUAGUACUCUUCAACUUCAAGGGUCUUUUUUUCUUUUCUUCCGGUGACUGACAGUGUCGUUAUAUCUUUACUUAGUCUACACUUUCCCGCCAAAUUUCCAGUGUCUAUGUCGUUUUAAAACCCUAGAGUUCGUCUUUCGUUCUUCAGGACUGUCCAGAGUCUAUAAUCGGGAGCUCCGAUGACCGCGAUUGUCACUUCCAGAGACGUUCAGGAGAUAGUUUCAAAGCUCUCGUCCGAUAAAGCCAAAGCUCGAGAAGAAGGGAUAAAGUUGUUGAAUACAUGGUUGGAAGGAGAGAGAUCAAUAGCUUUCUGCAAAUUUCUUGGACAGCACACAGCGAAGCUUAAACCGAAUGAAAUUCCACAUUCUGAAACAUGGCCUUUCUUGAUAUCUUUGCUAAUGCAAUGUGUUUCAAUGGAGAUUUCGUCGAGUAAACGAAGAUUGCCGAAGUUGCAAUUUGCGAAGACUCUCCGUAUUGUGGUGCAACGAGCACACGAUUCUAAGUUGUCUGGGAAGAUGACACCCUUGCUAUCUGUGGUUAAAUUGCUUUUUAAUCACAUAUGGGAUGUCUUGAGCAGUGUUCCAAGCUUUCAAUCAGAAUACGAAAGUAUUCUCCGGCAUCUUUUGGCUGUUAAAGAUUAUCGUUUUCACAUGAGGAAGCGUAUCUAUUCCUGUCUUGUGCUUCUGUACAUGGAAAAGGUGGAAUCAAGCUUGGGUGGGAAAAAUAACAGCCAGUAUAAUCCCAGGGAGGAGAUCUUUCGUUGCAUUCUGACUCUCCAAUCAAUUCUGGAGAAUCCCCCUGGAGAUUUACCAAACAGUCUAAGAGAAGACAUUGUUAAGGGGUUUGUAGGGAUUUUCUCUCAUAUAAGGGAUGAGGACAAGCUUUCACGCAAACUUAUUGAGUGUGUUAAUAAAUACUUGUUGAAAGAUGGUCCUAAUUUGGGGUGCCAUUCUAUGGAGAUCCAUAAUGCUGUACAACAAUUUGUGUUUCGCUGUUGGUUGACAACACAUGACCGAGCUCUUAAGGAUGCACUUAUAUUAUAUGCAAGAUUACAGCUAAAUUGUACUAGAGAUGCUACUGAUAGUAGUCUUCUGGUAGAGCAACUUCUUGAUAUAGUUUGUAAGGAACUAGAUCAAAGCUUAUCUAGUUGCAGUGUGCCCUGGGCUGAGGCAACUAAAGAUGAUAAAUUUGGAGCUUUAAGUAGGUCACAAUAUGGCCUUGUGGACCUUGCAGCUGCUUUGUUCUAUCGGGCUUGUGUUAACAGAGCUAAACCAUCAUCAUCAGAGAAGCGGGUGAAGAGAGAGCAUGCUGAUGCACGUUUGAGAGAAGAGCUCACGAAAGGAAAGUGGCUAUGGAAUGCUGCUUUUUGCUGUCUCACUCACAACUACAAAAGGCGCAUGAGUAAAGAUCUCUUCAUCUACUGGUUUGAGGGUAUCAUUUCAAGCUUUGAAAGAAUUAUGAACGAUGCAAAUAUGGGGCACAGUUAUGAGGGUUUGCUGUGGACUCUGAGGAGUUUGCAAGAACUCUCUUUUGUAUUACUGCUACCAUCAGAGGUUGCAAUUUCGUCUAGUUCUUCCUCUUCAAAUGAGUAUAACAGCAGUUGGCGACUACUAUGGGGCUCUUUGAUGCAUGGUUUGCCAAUAUUCAGUAAUGUAACUGCAGUUGUUGAUGCUGCUCUUAUACUCCUUGGUAACAUGAUUUCAAGGGAUCUUAUAAAUAUGUUGGUUGUACCCCAGGAUGUCUGGGACCUCAGGUUAUUCAAACGAAUCCCAUCAAUGUCAGCUUUGUACUUCAUUUCAUGCUACUUCACAAGGAAAUGCUCCCAAGGGGAUUCCCGAGACAUUUUGCAUCUUAGAAAAGGCCUCCUGAAAGCAGUUUUGGGUCAUCUUGAGUGGCAGGAGUCUUCCAUUUUAAAUGAGCACAUGGUUGUGCUGUUGCCUGCAGCUGUUUAUGCUCUUUCUGCUGGUUGCACCCCUUUCCAAAAAUGUUAUAGUGGACUUUCUAUAUUCAAUGCUUCUGAAGAUGCUAAUAAGGCUAUGCCUAUGGAUGACUGGGUUAAGACGGAAGAACUUGAGCAAGACUCUAUGCACGAACUUUUUGAAUGCUCCAUUGAUGUACUUGCGAAUAUUGAUCAGGUUUCCUCUGUUAAGGUUUCCUCAUUUGCAAAUGAUCUGAGUGUGCAUCUUCCUCGCUUGAUGAGAGACUCACUGCUUCUUGAAAUGGAGAACUUUGCUCAUGGAUAUCUAGUAGACAAGAAAAUCAAGACUAGGCCUCUAUCUGAUAUACUGUUUCUCUGUACUCUAUUAUCAAAUUUCAUCUAUGGUUCCUACUUUGUGAGGAAAGGAGAGGGAGUCUCAUCAUUCCCCUCUGAAUUGGGCCAGUGCUUAUUAGAAUUGUUGGGUCAUGCUGUGGAUGUAAUUCAGGGAAUCCCAAAUGAUCUUUCAUCUGGCUGCCCAAGCUAUGACUUCAUCGUCAGUGAUCGCACUCUUGUUGCUUCAUUUAGGAGUUUCGUUUCCUCUUCUCUGUUUGCUGAGCAGAGAGAUCGUAACUCUACUGAUAUUGCACUGUAUGAUGCAGUUAUUCAAUCUAUGGAGAGGCUUCUUAAAGCCCUUACUAAAGUAUAUGAGGAAUACUGUAAUAGUUUAACAAGUCUUCAGUCUGAAAGGUUCCUGCAAGAUUUGACUGCAUCUGUAAUUCCUGCUCAGGAUAUUUCCCAAGUUGAUUGUAAUAAAAGCAGGAUUUUGGACCUAGAAUUGGAUGUGAGUGUUGAUUCUGGAGAUGUAGAGGUUUUAUCUGUUGGUGGGAAAAUUGGCACUGGUGUCUCUUCUGUUGAGAAAUGGAAGAUGGACAUGGUAUCGCUUAUUUCAGGAUUUUUCUCUGUUCCAGUUAUUGUUACAUGGGAUAUUCUGUUUAAACUCAUGGAGAAAGAAUGUGAUUUAAAGGUGCAUGAAACAAUUCUUUACAACCUUUGUCAGCAUCCUUACUGGUCAUCUCCUUCAAAUAUUUCAGAUUUGGUCAAUUUUAUGGAUGAAAUGGUUAUGAUGCAAUCCAGUCUUAAGCUUGAUUGCGUUAGCACAUUAGCUGCAAUACGUGCUUUGGUAGGAACUUUACUAUCCUUGGAAGAUAUUUGGAAUGAUAAAUUAUGUUGUUCUUCGAAGGAUAUGACAUCUGAGCAGAGCUUGAUGCAUCUUGGAGCUCUGGUAAAUAAAAUUUCAGAAUUUGAUCAUCUGGAGUGGUCUGGACGUGUUAAGCUGAUUGACUGCAUAUGUGAUUUUGUUGUACUCAGUCCUCAAAUUGGCCAGGCAAUGGUUGAGCGAUUGUUAAUGAUGCUCCGAGAUACUGAUUAUCGUGUUAGGUUUUCUGUUGCUGGGCGGAUUGGUGUUCUUUUUCAAACUUGGGAAGGUCAUGAAGAGUUAUUUCAAGAUAUCUGUUCCAACUUUGGCAUUUCAUUGGUGGUUUCCUCAAAAGAAAAACUCGUUACUGCUGCUGAGGUCUUAGCAGUAGGUCCACAGCCUCCUCUUACAAUGGAAACUGUUAUCAUUACACUCAUGAACCUUGCAUUGAACAGCGAGAAAAUAGAACGGCAGGCUGUAUUUAUGAUGUGUGUGAUUUCUGCUAUUAAUCCUUGUCUGAGGGGAUUGGUUUUUGUGGUACUUGACAAUCUUUCCAGAAUGCUUCAGUAUGCAACUAGGUUUAAGUACUUGGAAGAGCUCAUAGGAUCCAUUCUUUUUUGUUGGGUUGCUUGUGGUGUGAGCUUAGUGUCACUUGUUGAGAUUAGACAGCUCUUUGUUUCAGAUUCGGAACCUAGUUAUUUUAUGCAGUAUUGUUGCAAUUGGCUUCUUCCUGCUCUGGUUCUGCAUGGCGACAGUUCUAAUUUAAACUGGGUUUCUAAGAUAGCUGGUCAACCAUUGCCAAUUCUGGUGAAAGAUCAUUUCGUGCAGAUCUUUUCAAUUUGUAUGGGAUUGCAUUGCAGUAAGGCAUGUGGGGAAAAAGGAGUGGUUGUGCUUCAGAAUUCAAUUUUGCAUCUUGCACAAAUAUCUGAGAGUGAACGAGACACACUCAUAAAGAAACAUAUGGUAUCCAUCGUCAGCCAUAUUUUGUCCCUUGCAUCAAGUGCUUCAGAACCUGCUGUCCCAUUCUUUUCUCUGGAUAUAGUGGGACGAGCAAUUCGAACUGUUGUUGAUGGUUUCCUGGAGAUGGACGAUUGUCCUACACGCGCUGGUGUUAUUGACAAGAUUAACAUUUUUCGUGGGGAUAGAGUUUUCAUGUUUAUUCUAGAGCUGCACUAUAAAAUUACCGCCGCAGUGCAUUAUAGGCAUAAAUGCCAUCGAUUGGCAGGCAUUCAGGUGCUUAUCGAUAUACUUGGUCACAGAGUUGCUCUGUCAAGCACUUUCAAUUAUCUUUUAAAUUUGGUUGGGCAAUUCAUUGGUUGUGAUGCCUUACAAGAUCAGUGCUUUCACAUCAUAUCUGCAUUGCUAAAUACAAUCAACUAUAACCCAUCCAAAGAAAUGAUAACUGUGUUGGGCGAGCAACUUCAGUUUUUAGUAUCAAAGUUGGUGGCUUGUUGCAUUCCCUCUAAAGCUAAUGGAGAGCAAUCUGGAACUAAAUCAUCUCAAGUUUUACCUCUGCUCCUCCAGCUGACUGUGGAUUCUGAUCCAUCUCUUCAUGAUUACAUCAGUGUAGCUCUAUUUGAUCCAUAUAUAAUUCCUGCAAUCAAUCUUAUGUACAUCAGAAGAAUCAUGCUCCUUAAUCUUUGUUGUUUUUUAUUUUUUUGGCAGGAAUUGGAACCGUUUCCUGAAAUAGAUAUCUUUGAUAAGGUUAGAAGGUUUCUUAAGGAAAUAAGCCAAAAUUACUCUCCAAAAGAUCACUUGUUGAAGUUGGUGAAGAGAUCUUGCCAACUUCCGCCAAGGUUACUUUUGUCAAGUCUACAAGCACUGCACAAGAAGUUACUUUCUGAGGACUCAUUUCAAUGUGAGAAGAACACUGAAGAUCUGAUGAAAGGUGGACGGUGGCACAUUGACAAUGACAUUGUUUAUGCUAUCUGGACACUAGUGCGCAUUUGUGGCUCAGAGGAUGGAAGUACAGCUGGAGCAUUGGUUUCUGAUUUUAUUUCUAGGGCUGGUAUUGGUGACCCAUAUUCUGUUGUCUUCCAUCUACCUGCAAGCUAUGGGGAGCUCCAUUCCUGCAGAACUACUACUAAUCAUAACUUUUCGCCAGAAGUAGGUUUUCCUAUGGAUACUGGCAUGUCUGAAGGUCUCAUGGUUACACUUCUAAAACUUUUAAAGAAGUAUCUGCUGGAUGAUUCUGUUAAAAUAGUAGAUACUGCAUCUCAAGCUCUUCGGGGAAUACUUUCUACUGAAAGGGGUCAGAGAACUCUGAAGUCAUUUGAUGAUUACGAGAGGUCGCUUGUUGAGGUCCAUUCUAAGGGUAUAAGUCUUGAGAUGGUAGAGAAGUGCCUUUCAGAUUUAGAAAGAAAAUUUGAAGCGGAAGCAAUUUCUGUGGGAACUUCAACUUUAUGGGCGACACAUGGUAAAACUUUUGAGACAUGGAUUUGUCCACUUGCCCAUUUGCUUUGUGGCUACUGCACAGAUGUAAUUCUAAGAUUAUGCCAAGAGAUUGUGUUUUUAAAAGUUGAAGUUGCAGAGCUUCUGUUACCAAGUAUUUUUGUAAAUCUCGCCGGGAGGAGAGACUUAGAUAUCAAUCUUCAACGAUUGAUAUCCUUACAGGUGCAAGAACAUAUUUUUACAGAGUCUAAUAGAUUAAUGAAGUCAAUUCAAGUCUUGCUGAAUGCCUUGAAUGAACUUCGAUUAUGUUAUGUCACGGAAAGAUCUUAUUGUCUACCAUCCAAGCAAGGAAGUACUAAGACUUCUAGCUAUGGCUCUAAAUCACGUUCCACUUCUGGAAAGGCUACAAUGACAUUGUCGACUUCUUUGUGGGAUAAGGUGUUUUGGCUUUCUAUUGACUAUCUUGCUGUUGCUAAGUCCGCAGUUAUUUGUGGCUUGUACUUUACUUCUGUGAUGUAUGUGGAACAAUGGUGUGAGGAGCAUUUCAAGAGCCUAACACUGGGCAGUCCAGAUUUUUCUGACAUUGAAAUGCUACCUCAACAUAUUGAGAUACUUGUCUCAGCAGUCACUCAUAUCAAUGAACCUGACAGCUUAUAUGGGAUCAUUCAGUCCCACAAGUUGACCUCUCAAAUAACUACUUUUGAGCAUGAGGGAAAUUGGGGAAAGGCUCUUGAAUCUUAUGACCUACAAGUGCGAUCAGCUGCCUCAGUGCAGAUGGAUUACCGUUCUAAAAAGCCACUACUAGAACAGACUUUGCCAACACAGAAUCCAGCAACUUCUGCUUUGGAAGAUCAGAUGAGAAAGCCUUAUAAAGGUCUUAUUAGGUCUUUACAACAAAUUGGUUGUAUGCACAUGCUGGAUUUGUAUUGCCAAGGGCUGACUUCAAGGCAGGGUCAUUUUCAGCAUGAUCUAGAGUUUACUGAAUUGCAGUAUGAGGCUGCUUGGCGUGCAGGAAACUGGAAUUUUUCCUUGCUUUACAUGGGAGAUAAUUCAUUGAGUCAGCAAACUAAAAGUGGUCAUUUCAAUGAAAAUCUGCACAGCUGUUUGACAGCAUUGCAAGAGGGAGGCUCUAGUGAUUUCCAUAGAAAGCUAAGAGAAUCAAAGCAGGAACUCGUGUGGUCUGUUUCUCAUGCAAGUGAGGAGAGCACUGAACACAUCUACUCAUCAGUUAUUAAACUUCAGAUUCUUUAUCAUCUUGGUAUUGCUUGGGAUCUACGAUGGAGAGGAUCUCCAUCUGAAGGAUUAAAAUUCUCUUCAGAAAAGCAAAAAGGGAUUUCAGAACCUGUGAUUCCAACGGUGGACCAGUUGUCGUGGCUGAACAGAGAUUGGAGCUCCAUUUUGGAAAAAGCACACCUACAUAUGAAUUUGAUAGAACCAUUUAUAGCAUUCAGACGAGUUCUACUUCAAAUAUUAAGCUGUAAAGACUCUACGAUGGAACAUCUUUUGCAAUCAGCAUCUACUCUUCGUAAGGGUUCUAGAUUUUCUCAAGCUACUGCAUUCUUGCACGAGCACAAGCUCCUCAGUGUGGAAUCACGAGAGCAAUAUUCAACCUUAUAUUGGCUUGGACGGCUUGAAGAAGCAAAGCUUUUGCGUAGCCAAGGACAGCACGAGAUGGCUAUCAGCCUUGCAAAAUAUAUCUCUCAAAAUUACCAGUGUAAUGAAGAAUCUUCAGAUGUAUAUCGCUUGGUUGGGAAGUGGUUGGCAGAAACUAGAUCUAGCAGCUCAAGAACUAUUCUCGAAAAGUAUUUAAAACCUGCAGUAGCACUUGCUGAAAUUGAGAAGACUACAAACAAGAAGUCUGUAGAAAGACAGGGCCAAACUCAUUUUCAUCUCGCACACUAUGCAGAUGCUCUUUUUAGGAGUUACGAGGAAAGACUUUCUUCUAGUGAAUGGCAUGCAGCAACCCGUUUAAGGAAGCACAAGACUAGGGAAUUGGAAGCGCUUAUUAAACGACUGAAAAGUUCAUCAAAGGGGGAUAAGACAGACUAUUCUGUAAAAAUACAAGAGUUGCAGAAGCAGCUUGCAAUGGACAAGGAAGAGGCUAAAAAACUGCAGGUUGACAGGGACAAUUUUCUUAGCCUAGCAUUGGAUGGAUAUUCACGCUCUUUGGUUGUCUGUGACAAAUAUGAUGUAAAAGUGAUAUUUCGACUGGUUUCCCUGUGGUUCACUCUAUCUGAUAGACAAGAUAUCAUAGAUAACAUGCUCAGCACUAGUAAUGAGGUUCAGUCGUACAAGUUUAUACCUCUAGUAUACCAAAUUGCUUCAAGAAUGGGUAGCUCAAAAGAUAGCUCUGGGCCUCAGACUUUCCAGUUUGCCUUGGUUUCUCUUUUGAAGAAAAUGGCCAUUGAUCAUCCAUACCAUACAAUCUUUCAGCUUCUAGCACUUGCCAAUGGUAAUCGUAUUAAGGACAAGCAACGCAGUAGAAACUCAUUUGUGGUGGAUAUGGAUAAAAAGCUCGCUGCAGAGAAACUUUUAGAAGAGCUGUCAGCAUAUCAUAGAUCUAUUAUCAGACAAAUGAAGCAAAUGGUGGAGAUCUAUAUCAAACUAGCUGAACUCGAAACAAGAAGAGAGGAUACAAAUAAAAGGAUUACCCUACCUAGAGAUUUGCGUAAUCUCAAACCAUUGGAACUUGUGCCUGUAGUGACAGCCACCUUUCCAGUUGACCGCAGUUGUCAAUAUAGUGAAGGCUCUUUUCCAUUCUUUAGAGGAUUGGUUGAUUCAGUUUUGGUAAUGAAUGGUAUAAAUGCUCCAAAGGUGGUUGAGUGUAUGGGUUCUGAUGGGCGUAUGUAUAAGCAACUGGCGAAAUCUGGAAACGACGACCUAAGACAAGAUGCUGUAAUGGAACAGUUUUUUGGUUUAGUCAACACUUUUUUACAAAACCAUCGGGACACAUGGAAAAGAAGAUUAGGGGUGCGGACAUACAAGGUUGUUCCUUUUACUCCAAGUGCCGGUGUUCUUGAAUGGGUUAAUGGUACUCUUCCUCUUGGCGAAUACCUUAUAGGGAGUAUGAGGACUGGAGGUGCCCACGGUCGAUAUGGAGUAGGUGAUUGGUCAUUUCUCAAAUGUCGAGAACACAUGGCAAAUGCAAAAGACAAGCGCAAGGCUUUUCAGGAAGUUUGUGAGAAAUUCAGGCCUGUCAUGCAUUACUUUUUCUUGGAGAGAUUUUUACAACCAGCUGACUGGUUUGAGAAAAGACUUGCAUACACGCGAAGUGUGGCUGCGAGUUCAAUGGUUGGGUAUAUUGUUGGCCUUGGUGAUCGACAUUCUAUGAAUAUCUUAAUUGAUCAAGCCACGGCAGAAGUUGUUCACAUAGAUCUUGGUGUUGCUUUCGAACAAGGCUUGAUGCUGAAGACUCCAGAGCGGGUUCCUUUCAGGUUGACAAGGGACAUUAUUGAUGGCAUGGGUGUAAGUGGAGUCGAAGGAGUUUUCAGAAGAUGUUGCGAGGAAACACUCUCUGUUAUGAGGACAAAUAAAGAAGCACUGCUGACUAUUGUUGAAGUUUUUAUACAUGAUCCUCUGUAUAAGUGGGCUUUAUCUCCUUUGAAGGCUUUACAGCGUCAGAAGGAAUCUGAUGAUGAUCUAGAGGCAAGCUUGGAAGGCUCUCAAGAUUACGAAGGGAACAAGGAUGCGGCUCGCGCACUGAUGCGAGUUAAACAGAAACUGGAUGGAUAUGAAGAAGGUGAAAUGCGAAGUGUACAUGGGCAGGUUCAACAAUUAAUACAAGAUGCUAUUGAUUCUGAACGUUUGUGUCAAAUGUUUCCUGGAUGGGGUUCCUGGCUGUAACUUUGUCAAUCUCCCAAUUUCGUUCAUUGUCUUAGCUUUAGCAACGAUAAUUUUGUGUUGUACAGGCGGCUUUAAUUGUUUUUCCCCAUUUAUUUAUUUUUGAGAAAAUGUUUUUUUUU